AUGUACAAGAAGCAGACCCUCCUUGGGCCACAAGCCUCCACUGGCGUGGACAGCUCCGCUGCUCGCUCCCGCUCCCGCCAUGGAGGCCUAGUUAGGCUCGAGCACGCGGGGAUUGCCGCAUCUGUCUUAGGCCUCCACUGGCGUGGACAGCUCCGCUGCUCGCUCCCGCUCCCGCCGUGGAGGCCUAGUUCUAAGAGCAUCCGCAUCGGCUCGUGUCUUCCCAUCACCACCAACUACAUACAGCAUCCAUCAAUACCAAGACAACGCAUGGUCAUCAGCUUCGGAAAUACAUCAAUCCAUAACUGCAACUCUUCAGAUCCCAAUCCUACCUCGAUAGAAUAUCAUCAGUUGUCAUGGGUGCUCAAGAAUCACACUUGGGUUCGGUCUCCGGUCUGGAUCCCAACAGCUCUCAAAGCCUACCACGUCCUCCGAGUCGCCGAAGGCUCUCCUGCCGCAGAGGCGGGUAUCGAGCCGUUUUUCGAUUACAUCGUCGGGAUUGGCGGUCAACAAGUGACAGAGGAUGGCGAGACAUUGGCGAAUUGGCUCGACGAAGCCGAAGGAAAAUCGAUCACUUUGCAAGUCUAUAGCUCACGGAAACAAGAGGUUCGAAACGUUCAAACAUCGCCCAAUCGAAAAUGGUCAUCAAAUAAUCACUUGUCGUCCAAUGAUCAACAACCACAACCUUCCCUCUUAGGACUCUCGUUAAGGCUUUGUAGUCCUCAAAACGCUUUGGCCAACGUAUGGCACGUGUUGGAUAUUGUUGAAGGCUCUCCUGCUCAGGAUGCUGGUCUGGUACCCUUUGGAGACUGGAUAAUCGGAUAUGCAGGUGGAAUCUUGAGAGGCGAAAAUGAGCUCUAUGAAGUUGUAGAAGAACACGAAGGAAGACCUUUACGAUUAUUUGUCUACAACGCUGAUUAUGAAGUAACCAGGGAAGUAGUCAUUGUACCCAACCGUUCUUGGGGAUCAGGUGAAGGAUUGUUGGGUUGCUCGAUUGGAUUUGGAUUGUUACACCGGAUCCCGAAGACUUCGACUGAUACGACUGCUCCCUCGUUUCUAUUACCAUCUGGAGGAGUGAACUCAUCCGGGAAACUGGAAAUCGAUGACGAUGAAGAUCAGAAAUUAUUGAAACAAAUGGAAUUCAAUCAGAUCAAAGAGAACGCAACGGUCUCGAAAGAUACCCCUUCAAACUAUCAUCAUCUCAAGUCACACUCGCUUAAAUCGGUCAUCAAAGAAGAACAAGAAAGUUGA